AUGGCUGAAUCAGGAGCUAUGAACGAAAAACGCGACUAUGGAUACAGUAGUCCCAGUUAUGGUAGUUCUGGUAACUAUAAUAGCACCGGUAUCUCCACUCUUUAUUCAUUGAACACUGCCCAGAUGGGUGGUAUAAUUGCUGGUGGUAUAGCUUUGUUGG